AGUUUCUGUAGAAAUGUAGUCCCCCAAAUGCCAUUUACAGACAUCAUGUCUCAUGAAGGCCGUUAGCUGGUUAAAGGCAUGGUUACAGCCAGGGAACCUCUUUGGCACCUUUUGAGGGCACCUUAGAUGUUCUGCUGAAAUACCUAAUGGGGCAGCUAGCCGGGGAGUGAGGAGAAGUUGAAAGGGCUUGUGGAAAGCUGCAUGCAUUAGAGUCUUCUCAGGACAGAGAGGAGCUGGAGAAGCAAUACUCACCCAGCAGAUGGGUCAUCCGCAUGAAACCAGAGGACGUUGUCGGGAACUUCGUGCAGAUAGGAAGCCAGGCCACCCAGAAGGCCCGGACCACCAGGAGGAACCAGCUGGAUGUCCCUUACGGAGAUGGUAUAGGGGAGAAAAUGGAUAUCUACCUUCCCGAGGAGGAUUCCAAGGCUCUCCCUCUCUUCCUGUUCUUGCAUGGAGGAUACUGGCAGAGCGGAAGUAAGGAUGACUCGGCCUUCAUGGUAAACCCACUGACUGCACAGGGAAUCGUGGUGGUGAUAGUGGCUUAUGACAUUGCACCCAAAGGCACACUGGACCGGAUGGUGGACCAGGUGACCCGCAGUGUCGUGUUUCUGCAGAGGCGCUAUCCAAGCAAUGAGGGAAUCUACCUCUGUGGACACUCUGCAGGAGCUCACCUGGCUGCCAUGGUGCUUCUGGCCAGCUGGACCAAGCAUGGUGUCACACCCAACCUCCAAGGCUUUGUCCUGGUGAGUGGGAUCUAUGACCUGGAACCCAUCAUAUCUACCUCUCAGAAUAACCGUCUGCACAUGACCCUGGAAGAUGCUCAGAGAAACAGUCCACAGCGACGCUUGGAGGUGGCUCCAGCACGGCCAGUGGUUCCAGCCUGCCCUGUGCUGGUGCUUGUGGGUCAGCAUGACUCUCCAGAGUUCCACCGGCAGUCCAAGGAGUUCUGUGAGACACUAUGCCACGUAGGAUGGAAGGCCUCUUUCCAGCAGCUGUGUGGUGUGGAUCACUUUGACAUCAUAGAGAAUCUGACCAGGGAGGAUGACACGCUCACACAGAUCAUUUUGAAAACAAUCUUCCAGAAGCCGUGAGGACCCCCAAUCCUCAGCCUGUAUGUACCUCAGAGAGCCUCCAGAAAAGAGGUGACUGCUCCAUCUCACACUGGCUUGCCUGUCCACCCCGUACGGUCUCCCUGCCAUGAACACCACCUCCUCUUCUGCCAUUCUUCGACCCACCCAGAUGGAGCUCCAGGGAAAGCCUGCAGAUUGUCACUGGGAGAUGCACACAGCCACCACCUGACCAAGUCUGCCUACACGCACACACACACACACACACACGCACACACGCACACACACACACACACCACCACCACCACCCCCUGCCUGCUUAUGGGGCAUGGCAUUCAACUUCUGGCUGGCUUUCUAUGCCAGUUAGCGGUGUCCGUGUGGACUGGCUGGAGCUCAGUGCUGGAGUUCUGCCUAUCUCCUACUGCAAGAGAGGGUGGGGUGCGGAGAAGGAAUGAAGACAGACAGACAGACAGACAGACAGACAGACCGACCGACCACUAGGGGAUGAAGCUCACUGGUAGAAUGCCUGGCCAACAUGCAUAGGGUCCUGAGUUUAACAAGGAAACCUGGCAUUAACAAGGAAAAAAUAAAGAAAAGAGGAGAGAGAGAAAGAGA